GUCUAAAGCUCUAUAAAAAGUUAAGAGAUGUUCCACAAGAUCAGAUCCAGGAGACAAACUUUUAGAUUAAAGAUGAUGAACAAGCUUUCACUCUCUUUCUCCUUCGUUUUGCUCACAUUCUUCGCUGCACAGUGCGAGUCCACUGCAAGUCAAAAACAACUGUUACGAUCUUGCUGUAAUGAACACGUACCUGGAAACUGGACGCAGUGCCUCUCUACUUGUUUGCAAUUUGGGUCCUCUUGUCCUCCUAAUGUUGAAAACAAGACAGAAUACUUGAGCUCAUACUGUCCAACUGUUCCGUCCACACUCCAAGAUUGUUUUGACAACGUAACUACAUCAAACACACCAGCAACACCAACUCCAUCGCCUCAACUGCUUGAGUGCUGCAACAGGUCAGAGAAUCAGGGCUGUAGACAAGUCUGUAGAGAGCAAGUGACUAUUGGUAUAUUUGAUGAUGCUUCCAUUCAAAUUGUGAUUGCAGCUUGCGGCUCUCCUUAUGAUUUACAAGGGGGACCCACUGAUCCAAUGUGGGAUUGUUUUAUUCUAUAUAAUGAAGGUCAAACAGAGCCUAAUUCAGGAGGAAACAGUUCAUGCCCUAAUACUCCCACACCAGCCACAGGACCUACUGUUGCUCCAACAGCACUACCUCCCACAUUCAACUAUGCAGAUUGGCCAAGGCUACAGUGUUGCUCAAUGGCAAACGACUCCUCCUGCUUGGAUGCUUGCCAUUAUGAAUACACAGGGAGCAGAACCACCCAGUCCUGGGAAAAACUCAACCUUGAUUGUGUCUUCAGGGCUACAGAGGGCCGUCUGGUUAGCUGCCUUCAAGAUGUAUCAACAAGGUGCAGAUCAGGUUGCAGUGGGUUGCAGUUUUGCAGCAAUUUCAAUAACAAGCCACUGACUUCAUUCAGGAAAUGUGAUGCAGAAGCUGAUACUAAUGCAAAGGCGGAGUAUGAUAAUUGGGUAUCUCAAGGCGUCAUCCGUCAUCCUCUUGUUACCAUUAAUACAAGGCCACUCACCACUUGCUUUCCCGAGAGAUGGAAAGUGCUUGCUUGUGCCUUUCAAAUGAUGCCAUGUCAGCCAAAGACAGACACGUCUCUGAUAUGCAAAUCUGACUGUCUCCAUUUGAUGAGAGAGUGCAAGAGCAACCUGCUCCAAAGCGAAGAGGAGAUAUGCGAGAUCCUUUCACCUAGCUACCUCCAGGAGGGCUGCAUAAGGAUAGACGACUUCCUAAACGACUCGUAUUACAAAGAGGAUGCAUCCUUCCUGACUACACCCUGCUCUUCUAGUCCCUGUACUACAGGAAAGUGCAUCGUUAAUCAAGCGUGCAGUACAAACGAAGCCAGUUGCUUGCCUUAUCAUUGUGUGGAGGAGGCACAAGUUGGACACAGUCCAAAGAUGAGUUUGGAAAAGGUCAAUCUCGUCCAGGCUUCCUUGUUGCCGGGCAACAGAGAGGAGAGUUGCCACGGUUACGUCAAUUGCACGCUUGAUUCGAACGGGGAAUGUGUUUUUGGGGGGAAACUAAGUAACGUGAGUGGGCGGUAUUGUAUUGAAGAGGCUUCCUGCAGCUACAAGGGGAAGAACUACAGUCAUCAUGACAUCUUUUCUGACGAUUGCAACAUCUGUCAGUGCAUUUCUAGUUACAUUAACUGUACACAUCAUGACUGUCCAGUACCUCAAGGAAGUGCUUCAAUAGCUUCAAAGACCUGUUCUCCGCCAUAUUGCUCCUGCCCUUCAUUGUAUCAGCCGAUAUGUUCCUCAAAUGGGCUCACACUGCCUAACUUGUUUCAUUUAAAUUGUCAUGGCUACACUGAUGGUGGAGCUAUUGGUCAGUCUUGUUAUCAAAACAAUCCUUGCAGCAGUUCAGCUUCUCUCUGUCCCUCAGGAUCUAAAUGUAUCCCAGCUAGACACACCUGCAUGUCGGCUAAUGGAUCAGCUCUCCAGGACUGCCCUCAAUAUUACUGUGUUAGUAGUAAUAACUGCGAUCAGUAUCAAGGGAGUGUGAUCUGUGAUCAAAGUGGAAGUGAACACGAAUCAAUGUGUGAUUUUACUAACACAAACGAGAAAGUCGAUUACUAUGGACAUUGCAAGAUUCAGUGUUCUAUAAAUAGACGAAGGCCAGUCUGCAGUGUCAAUGGUGAUACAUACCCCAGUGUUUGUCAUGCUAGAGGAAUGGGUGUGGCUAUUGACUAUUAUAGCGAAUGCAAUGAUGUACCAAGAAUUGAAACUGGUAAAUGCGAGAAGGUGAAGUGUCCUGACAUGCCAUUUAUGAAUACAACUGAACAAUGUACCGGCCCUACUCCACCAGGAGCCUGCUGUCAGCAAUGUGGGAGUUUGAUAAAUAUACUAGUCAAUAAAGUUCAGCUAUCUCGUAGCAGUCAAGCUAUGAAUGUCGAUAGCAUUGACUCAACUCGUAUCAUCAACAGAUUAAAAGCCUUUGUUGAUAUAUUGCAGUGUCAGUUGUAUGGACAUCAAGCAGUUGAUGGAUCAAUCGUUGUGUUACUCCUUCCAUCAAAUAUGACUUCAUGGCUCAAUAUUGAAGCCUGCAAUGCUGUGAGCACUCGUUUGUCAACCCUAAUCAACAGGAGGAGUCCGCUAAUAGCAAUGGAUCCUUACCUCUCUUUCCUUACAGCUGCUAGGAGCUCUCCAGCUGGAAAAGUUGAGAGACCCUUGAGUACUCAAGAGCCAAGCACUGGCUCUGCAGGAAUCAGCGGCAGUAGCAGCCUGGCCCCUGUCUCUGGCCUGUUCUUGUUAAGUAUUAUAAUCGUGAACUUGUUUUGGGCUGGUCUCUCGUUAGACUUGAGAUAAUAAAAUUGUACUUUUCACCAUUGUUGACCAACUGGUGUUCUUUUUAUUUUGUAAUCUUGCAAUCAUGUAAUUUAAUUUUUAUGGCAUGUUUCAUAUGAUUAUUAUUAUUAUUAUUAUUAUCAUUGUGUAUUUUUUCAGUCAGUCAUCUUGUUUUCAUUAUUUGUCAUUUUGGUAUUUUAAAAUUAAUAAUUAUUAUUCGCCAACAAUCCGUGGCCAGAUAUUGCUAA